UUCGAAGCUUUCCUGGCUUCCUGCCCUCUCCUCUCCCCUUCCUCUGCUCCCGUGUCCCGUCGACGAUUCAAAUCCCCGCGACGCCACCACCGCCAAACGCGAGCCCUAGCCGCCGCCGCCCCGCAAUUCUCGCGCCUCCCCUCGCCGCAGAACCUUCCUAAACCCUAGCGCCCCAUCGCCGCAGCCGCCGCCGCCGCCUCGAUGGACUUCUACUCUGACGACGACGACGACGAGGACUUCGAGUUCGACGAGGCCCUCAAGGAGGACCUCGACCUGCUCAGCCGCUCCUGCAUCGCCGCCGGCGCCGACCCCGACGCCGCGGUCGCCCGGGCCUCCUCCUACCUCGCCGUCCCCGCGGCGGGGGCACCAGCGGACGGCUUCUCGGACGACGAGGAGGACGAGGACGAGGACGAGGACCUGGCCCUCGUCCGCAGCAUCCGCGAGAACCUCCACCUCAACAAGGCCUCGCCCUCCUCGCCGCUGCCCUCCUCCCCGCGCCCGAUCUGCGUCUGGCCGCCCUCCGACACGGAGGACGACGACGAGGACGACGAGGAGACGCUCCGUGCGAUUCAGCGCCGCUUCUCGCGCUACCACUCCGGCACCUCCACUGGGCAACUGGAGAACUUGAAAAAUGAGACAGCAAAGGGAGGGGACGAUGGAUUUACUGCACAUCAACCUGGUGAAGAGGAUGUAGUGAAGCAAAAUUCAACUGGGUUCCCAAGAGCUGCAAUGUUGUUAGUGAAUGCUCUCAAGAAGAACAGAGCAUUCCAGAAGUUUAUUAGAAGGAAAAUGAUUAGCAUUGAAGCAAAGAUUGAAGUGAAUAAGGAUCUUAGGGAUCGUGUCAAAUGCCUUAUGGAUUAUCAGUUAGGCUGCAAAAGAUCAUUUGGCAAAUUUUUGUGUCAGAAGGUGGAUCCUCGUGUUCGGUUGAUUUCCUCUCGAAGACAAAGUAUACAACCUGAAAAGAAUAGAUAUAAGAUGUCUGCGUUACUUCAUGGCCCUUCCGAGAACCUUCAUGUUUCAAAGUAUAAAACGGUAUUGAAGCAAUUCCCGAUGUCGCUACAGAAGCAAUCAUGGUCUGAUAUGGAGAAAGACAGUCUUGCUAAAGGAAUAAAGCAGCAGUAUCAGGAAACAUUGAUUAAGGACUCGAUGAAGAAUGCAAGUUCGACUGGUGACUUCAGUGCUGUAAAUAUGGCGUAUGCACUGACAAACACAGUUGGUAAUUUUGAGGUGACUCCUGAAAUUCUCCGGACAGUCUUGCCAUUAGUAAAUUGGGACUACAUUGCUGCUAUGUAUCUGCCUGGUCGAUCUGGCGCUGAAUGUGAAUCAAGGUGGCUAAACCUUGAUGAUCCACUGAUUAAUCACACUGCCUGGACUGCAUGUGAGGAGAAAAGACUUAUACUAACUGUCCAAGAAAAAGGAAUGCAUAACUGGAUUAACAUUGCCGUUGCAUUGGGUACGCAGAGAACUCCUUUCCAAUGCCUUGCUCGUUAUCAACGGAGUCUUAAUCCCCACAUAUUGAAGAGGGUCUGGACAAAAGAGGAAGAUCUUCAGCUUCUAGCUGCUGUCCAAACUUUUGGUUGUAACUGGCAACUUGUAUCAGCCAGUCUGGAUGGUCGCAUUGGCAAUCAAUGCUCGAACAGGUGGAGGAAAACGUUAUUGCCUGAAAGGACAAGGGUGGGGAGAUGGUCUGAGGACGAGGAUAAGCGCCUCAUUGUAUCUGUCAAGCUUUUUAAGUCUGGCAGCUGGAAUAAGAUUGCUCAGUUCAUUCCUGGCCGCACACAAAGUCAAUGCAGCGAAAGGUGGCGUAAUGUUCUUGAUCCAGAUAUAGACCAUGGGGAAUGGCGGCCUGAAGAGGAUUCCAAGUUAUUGGCUUCCGUCCAUGAGAUUGGCGCCUGCUGGUCAAAAAUUGCCGGCGCCAUGAUUCCUCACCGCACUGAUAAUAUGUGCAUGAGGAGGUGGAAAAGACUGUGUCAAGAGGAAUUACCUUUAGUUGUAGCAGCCAAUCAAGUAAAGAAAUCUAUUUUCCAAACCAACUUUGUUGAUAGAGAAACCGAGCGACCUUCAAUUGGUCCAGGUGAUUUCCCAUCACUCGUGUACUCCAAAGUUGAAAGAAGUGAUGAGAACACUGCAAGUGAUCAAGUCAAGAAGUCUCGAAAAGGGUCUAGAAGAUCAAGCGAGGAUGACCUGCCAGCUAACGACCCCUCGAAGUGUUCUGCUGAUGUUGCUGCUGUAAAAACCAAAAAGAGAAAAUCAAGGAAAAAAUCAUCUGGAAGUGGAUCUGAAAGGCCAACUGGAGAGCAAGAUAUAACAUUGUUUGAUGGUGUCAACAAUUCCUCUAGUGGCUACACCAAAGGUAGGAAGAGGAAAGGUACCACUGAUAAGAAUGUGGUUGUGCAAAAGAGAAUGAGGGGAUCGAUCUCUGUUGAUAAUGAGGCCACCCUAGAUAUACUUGAGAGCCCUAUUGGUGUUGAUAAUGAGGCACCAAGGAAACGAACGAGGGGCCCUAACAAGAAAACAGGGGCCUCUGUGUCUGUUGGUAAAGAAGUCACAUAUAACAAGAAAACAGGGGCCUCUGUGUCUGUUGACAACGAGGGAGCUGUCAAAAAGAAAAUGAGGGGCUCUAUCUCUGUUGGUGAGAACAAAGUAGUCAAAAGCAGGAUGAGGGGUUCAAUCUCUAUCGACAAUCAAGGCAGCACGAUGAAAAGGAAGAGAGUAUCAAGGAAAUCAGUCAAGGAUAAUUCAACGGCAGAUGGUGUGGUCAAUGCUUGUGAGUUGGAACUUCCAAGUGUGCCUCCUGAAGCUUCUGCAGAAAGAGACAUUGAUACUGGAAAUUUGAACAAGAUGAAGCGGAAGUCUACAGCAAGACCCAAGCAGAUAAACAUGGUAGAAGGGACUGCCAGCAAAUAUUCGCGGCUUGCUGAUUGCAUAUCCUUUGCCUGUGGAAAUAGAAUGAGCAGGAGAACCAGGCCUUCAGGUGAAAAUCUACAGAUCCCAACUUCAGCCAUUUCUGCUGGACCAGAUCCUGUUGACAAUGGCAGCAUGGCAAAUGCUUCAGCUGACGAUUAGAUAACAAUCAUAGAAGAGUUCAGUUUCUUCUAUGAAUGGGAUUCCUAUCGAUAUUUGUGGCAGCUCUAACUUCCGGAAGCUACAGAAGCAAGACACCAGUGUGUGGGUUGGGGUGGGUGGGGUUUCCUAUCAAUAUUGGUGGCUGGCCGAUCCAACUUUCCAAAUCUGGAGGAACGACACUUGGCCAAAGGAUGGUGCCAAAUAAGCCGAAGGUGCAUCUCAGUAGCUCCAUGGUUUGUAUUAACUUUCUGAUUGCAUUGAGCAGAGGUUCUCAAUAGCUCCAUGGAAUUUUGCCCAAACCAAGUCAGCACCUUGUCUGGCUGUGAUCUGUUGAUGAGGACUAGAUGGUGCAUCACAGUCCGAAACAUACUGGACUUAGCUUUAGUUUAGGCGUGCAUAUAAUCGGUAUAUGCAAAUCUUUCAAGGUAGUGCUAUGCUAGCUUACUGAAGCUUCUCUCCGUCCCUUUUCUUUCCCUAAGACAUGUAUGCAUCUUGUUUUUGCCAUUUUUAUUUUGCUCCUGUCACUCUGCUUGUGUCCCACCUGACAUGUAGCCCUAAACAGUGCAACACGAAACAAAAUCGAGAUGAAUGAAUGGGUUAGUUGUAA